CACCAUCAGAGAUCCCAACAACAAACAUCACCAAAACUAUCACCACCAUCACCACCAUCACGAGAUACCAACAACAUCACCAGCCAUCACCAAUAUCGCCACCAGUAAGCACCAUCAUCAACAUUCACAACGUUUUACACCCAUCACCGGCAUCAUAAUCGCCGACACCAUCGCUGAACUUUUUAACAUCGCCACUUCAACAACGCCGCCGCCACCACCACCACCCCCCAUCACAAUGUCUAUCCUGCAGUCGGCCUUCGACUUCUUCGGAGGCAGCGCGGCCCGCGACGAGAAGGACUUCGUGGGCAACACGGUGGAGCUGGGCAAGCAGAAGCUGCGCGUCAAGGCCGUGCUGGCCGAGGGAGGCUUUGCAUUCGUCUAUGAAGCUCAGGAUGUCGGCAAUGGCAAAGAGUAUGCCCUCAAGAGGCUGCUGUCAGAUGAAGAGGAGAGGAGCAAGGCUAUCAUUCAGGAGGUGCACCUGAUGAAAAAAGUGUCCGGGCAUCCAAACAUUGUGCAGUUCAGCUCGGCAGCCUCCAUCAGCAAAGAGGAGUCCGACACGGGCAGGGCUGAGUUCCUCAUCCUCACCGAGCUUUGUAAAGGUCAGCUCUCGGACGGGCUGAAGCGCGUGGAGCUGCGCGGCCCCGUGCCCUGCAACACGAUCAUCAAGGUGUUCUACCAGGCGUGCCGCGCCGUGCAGCACCUCCACCGCCUCAAGCCGCCUGUCAUCCACCGAGACCUCAAGGUGGAGAACCUGCUGCUGAGCUCGCAGGGAAACGUCAAGCUGUGCGACUUUGGCAGCGCCACGACCGUGUGCCACUACCCGGACUACAGCUGGUCGGCGCAGAAGCGCGCCGAGGUGGAGGAGGAGAUCAUGAGGAACACCACUCCCAUGUACCGGACCCCGGAGAUGCUCGAUCUGUAUUCGAAUCUUCCCAUCACAGAGAAGCAGGACAUCUGGGCGCUGGGCUGCGUCCUCUACUUGCUCUGCUUCCAGGAGCACCCGUUCGAGGACGGAGCAAAGCUGCGGAUCAUCAACGGCAACUUCAGCAUCCCGCCGGGCGACACGCGCUACGCCGCCCUGCACCCGCUCAUCCGCUCUAUGCUAAAGGUGCACCCAGAUGAACGGCCAGGAAUAGCGGAGGUCAUCGCUCAGCUGCAGGAGAUCGCCACUGCACGCGCCGUCAACCCCAAGCUGCCAAUCACAGAGUUAUUUGACGGAGGAGGCUCCCUGGGCAUUGGCAUUUCCCCGUCUGUCACCGCUAAUUUCCAGCCAGCACCCGAACUCCGCAUGGAGCCACACGGCCCCCCGAGCUCGGAGGGCGACCCUCAGCAGGCCGGUGGGCUGCUGGACAUCAUGAAGGGCGGAGCAGGCCGUCUCUUCAGCAACAUCAAGGACACGUCCUCAAAGGUCAUCCAGUCGGUCACCAGCACCAGUUACACGAAGGGAGACCUGGACAUCUCGUACAUCACGACGCGGGUAGCAGUCAUGUCGUACCCGGCGGAGGGAGUCGAGUCGGCAUUCAAGAACCACAUUGAGGACGUCCGCGCGUACUUGGACUCGCGGCAUCCCGACCACUACGCCGUCUUCAACCUGUGCCAGCGUGGCUACCGCCCCGCGCGCUUCCACAACCGGGUCUCGGAGUACGCCUUCCCGACGCGCCGCGCUCCCAACCUCGGCUGCCUCUACACCUUCUGCAAGGACCUGCUCGUUUGGCUCAAGCAGGACCCCAAAAACAUCUGCGUCGUGCACUGCCUGGACGGGCGUGCCGUGUCGGCGGUGGCCGUGUGCUCCUUCCUGUGCUUCUGCCGGCUCUUCAGCACCGCCGAGGCGGCGCUCUACAUGUACAGCCUGCGGCGCUGCCCUCCUGGGAUCUGGCCGUCGCACAAGCGGUACAUCGAGUACGUGUGCGACAUGGUGGCGGACGAGCCCAUCAUCCCGCACGGCAAGCCCGUGUGCCUGCGCUCUGUGACGCUCUCUCCCGUGCCGCUCUUCAACAAGCAGCGCAACGGCUGCCGCCCGUUCUGCGAGGUCUACGUGGGGGAGGAGCGAAUCCUCACCACCUCGCAGGAGUACGACAAGAUGAGGGAUUUCCAAGUGGAGGACAAGAAGGCGGUGAUUCCCAUGGGCGUGACGGUGUCGGGCGACAUCCUGAUCAUCAUGUACCACGCAAGGUCCACACUCGGAGGACGCCUGCAGGCCAAGAUGACCUCGAUGAAGGUGUUUCAGAUCCAGUUCCACACAGGCUUCAUACCAAGGAACGCCACGUCCAUCAAGUUUUCCAAGUACGACCUGGACGCGUGCGACAUCCAGGAGAAGUACCCGGAGCUCUUCCAGGUGGUGCUGGAGCUGGAGGUGGAGCCCCGCGACCGCCCCUCGCCGCACCCGGCCCAGCCCUGGGAGUCCUUCUCCGCGCGAGGCCUCACCCCCAAGCCGCUGUUCUCCAGCCGCGACGAGCAGAUCAGCACCCUCGCCUCGUUCGGCAAACCAGAGCUGCCCAGGGAGCCCGGAUCCGGGACACAGUACGAUUCCGGGAGCCCGGCGCAGAAUUCUAGCGCGGUGGAACCGGACAAGCCGGGGAGCAGCAACUCCCACUCCAGCGCCGCUUGGGAGCAGCACCGGGGAGAAGAGGCAGAAGCGUUGUGCAGCGAUGGAGAAGGCAGCGACGGCGAGGCCUACGUGGACUCUGUGGAAGGGGUCGCCCCUGCCGAGGACCGGCACGGUGCCGAGAACCUCUUCGACGCCGACUUCACCUCGGCCACGCCGCCGGCAUCGCAGCCGGAGGCACCGGCGCCGACCGUCGACCUCCUCGGCCUGGGCACGCACGACGGGUCGCCCUCCGCCGCCGCCGCGACUUCGCAGAUGAAGGCGUCGGGGAGCAACGCCGACCUUCUGAGCGACCUCUUUGCCGGGGAGCAGCAGCGCCGACAGCACGUGACGGAAACGGCCACCGCCGACUUGCUCGGAGGAGGAGGAGGAGGAGUCGCCGAUUCGGAAGGUUUCUUCUCCGAGUCGGUGCCCGUCGCGCCGCCGUCGCAGCCCAGCGUACAGUCGCCACCCCAGGACUCGGGUGGCGUGUUCGACCCCUUCUCGCUGGGUCCCACCCCGAGCGUGGUGACCGGUGACCUGUUUGGGGGGUUCCUCUCUCCCAACGCCCCCCUCGUACACAGCGCACACGGUUCCAACUCCGACCUCUUCAGUCUGGGAGGGUUUGCGCCGCCCGCCGUCGCCAAGACCCCCGAGCCCGGCAAACCGGACCUGAUCGGCGGGUGGGACAUGGGGCCCCCUGCGUCCACCGCGAGCGUGCCGUCGCAGCCGUGGAGCGCCGGCGGCCAGCCGGCCGCUGGAGCCUCAACCGGUGUGACGGGCAGCUCCACGGCCGCUCCCCAGCCCGGCAAACCGAAAACCUUUGACCCCUUUGCGGAGCUGGCCAGCCUGGGAUCCGGCCUCCCUGCAGGUGGCAACCUGUUUUCGCCCAAGCAAAGUCCUCAUCCGGCGAGCAACCACCAGCCGAGGCCCGGCCAACCACAGGGCCCGGCGGCAGCAGCGGUGGCAGCGGCGGCAGCGGCGACAGCGCCUGGAGCGGGGCAACCCAAGCUGAGCACGGCGCCGAGCACAACUCGAGCUCCGCCGACGCCGACCUGGCAACCGCAGCAGCAGCAGCAGCAGCAGGCUCCAGCGAAGCCCAACUACAACGUCAACCUGGGCAGCGUCAUCGGCGGCCGGGAAGACCGCGGCAAGAGAGCCGCGGGGUUCGGGGCGCGGCCCAAGGUGCUGGAGAGCGACUUUGAGGACCUCCUCUCCAAGCAGGGCUUCUCGUCCGCCGGCGGCAAGGACCGGCGCCAGCCUCGCACCAUCAAGGAGAUGAUGAAGGAGGAGAUGGCCAAGGACAUGGACCCCGAGAAGCUCAAGCUUCUCGAGUGGAUCGAAGGCAAGGAGCGGAACAUCCGCGCCUUGCUGUCCACUCUGCAGACCGUGCUGUGGGAGGGCGAGUCCAAGUGGCGGCCGGUCACCAUGGCCGACCUGGUCACGGCCGGCCAGGUGAAGCGAGUCUACCGCAAGGCGGUGCUCAUCGUGCAUCCUGACAAGGCGACGGGGCAGCCCUACGAGCAGUACGCCAAGAUGAUAUUCAUGGAGCUGAACGACGCGUGGGCAGAAUUCGAAAACCAGGGACAGCGCUCGCUCAUGUAGCACGGUGCACGCGUCCGGCUGACGGGCACGGAGGCUCCGAUCUCCGUGGUCUUGGCGCGGUUUGAUGCGUAACGCGUGCGAUGAGCCGCGCGAUCACCUGCCGCGGAAUGAGUGAGACUGCGGGGUGUAAAUAUAAUGGUAGCACGUGCGGCGGGAAGUUAAAACAUUUCCAAGAAAUCGGGAAUUGCGGGACACUCGCCUGCGAGGCUCGCUGCUACUGCUGCCACGGCAGCUGCUGUCGGGGGGGGGGGGGGGGUGGAAUUAGUAUUUUUUUUUACUUCCACAUUUCCUCCGGAACGAUGUUGUUAAUGCGUACGUACGGGACUCGCGCAACACGCACAGUCCGAGUCUCCUCGAUGUGGCAUACACUGUGUGUGGUUAGUAUACCGGUAUAUACGCUUAUAAAAUACCGUUUAGCGUGCGGAGGUGGUGAAAGAGCAAGAGAAGUGUGGUGCGAGUGACGUGUAACGUAACCCGUGGCAGACCGUGGCAAUAUCCCUGCUGCCUUCUCCUGAUCCACUUUCCCAAACGGUGACGCGCAGAUCGGUGCGUCGCGCAGCCUCCGACGGAACAACUUUGGAAUGCAAUCGGUCCGAUGGUCGUUGACGUGAUUUGUGGGACAGGCUUCUAUCUGUGUCGCGUUAUAUAUUUUUUCACACGCUUUAUAAUUUAUCUCAUCACGACUUAACCUUUCGGGGGGGCGGGGGGGGGACGACGACCCUCUUUUGUAAAGUCGGGCAAACAGAUUUGAGUUACCUCCUCUGCGAAUGACAUCAGAAUUAAAUCGGUCAAAUGGUCGUUGGAGUUUUUUGGUGGGACAGGGUUCUUUAGAGGCCUCGUGUUGUUUUACACGUGAUAAUUUAUCUCACCGCAACUUAACCUUCUCAUAAUUGUUUUGGAAAGUCGGGCAAACGGAUGACGUCGGAGUUCAUUCGCGUGCACACACAGCCAUGCGAGCCACUGUCGUGUAAAGUUGUGAACCUUGUCGGCGUGAUGGGCCUUGCGUCGCGGGACCGGCUCCUGUGAGACGUAGAUCCGGCGGUACGAGUGCCAACGGCACGUGCAGUCGGCACAGGCGAUCGUCGUUGCUUCGCCAACAUCAAACCACCACGCUCAACUGCAGCUGCUUCUGCGCCCGUGGAUGUGAAAACUACGAACUGGACUCCCAAGCAAGCGGAAAUUUUCGCCGACCGCAAUCAGCAGCAUCGCUCGGAUGGUCGAUCAACGUCCGCUCGUCGCUGGAGCCGAGCCACUGAACCCAGCGCCCCCCCGCUCCCCACCCCAACCCGCAGGUUUUGGGGCGAUAGCGGCGAUGCGGGUGGCGCUGCUGGGAGUCUUAACCUGACAGCGCUGGCACGGAGCGGGGGCGCCAACUGCGGCGUGCAAGCGAUGGAGCGAAACACCGAGUGGAGGAGCCCGGCCGACGAGACGUUGCAACAGCAACGGUCGAAUCAUCGCAGUCACCUGCACACGAGUCGGACGCGCAUUAUUUUUAACGAGCGAGCGAUUAACACGACCUAUUUAGCCGCCGCUUAGGUUUUUGCAUCGCACUUCCUGCAACCCCACCCCCUGUCACCGUGGUGUCAUUCCUUCGUGGCGUGUUGUGCCGUAAACGUAGCAGCGAGCCUGAUAGAUGGUUACGAUGUACGUUUGACCGUCGGGCCGGCUUGCACGCAUCUGCCAAACAAAGCUGCUGGGUGGGAUGAGGGUGGCGGGGGUGGGUGGCAACCUCUAGGAACGUAAGCAGAGCGGUCGGGCGCAGCCGUAGCCGGUUGAACCGAGCUCUCCUGGGACAGUUUGUGGUCUCCUCUAACAAAAGCCCACGGGAAUGUAAAAGCAUCAGUCUUGGAAGUGGUGUGGUGAUAAUUAUUUCACGAUUGGCAAACACCGGGACUUUUGAAGCCCUGGGAAGACCCGCAGGUUUCCCAGCAGGGCCGCCACCCCAAAAAGAAGACGAUCCUGGGAAAACCAGGACGGGUGGUAACCCCGGGUUAGUGUGCGGGGGUGGGGUGGGGGGGGGGGUGUGCUGUCUUGGGUGUGGGGACGUGGGAGAUGAGGCGGCCAUCCCCACACCAAUCUGGACGAGGUGGGGCAGGGCAAGCUUGUGGCCUCUCGGUGGCCUCCUUCAUGGGCCAUUUUGGCUGACCCUCGUGGAUCUUCGUAGCGGAACGACCCCCCCCCCCCCCCCCGCCAACUCCGAGGUCGUUUCCGUGCGUCCGACCCCCGAUGGAAAGAAACUCGACUCGAGCUCUCGGACGGUGUCGCGUUGCGUAACGCGCUUCCGGCGGAAGAGCGGGCGUUUUUUUUAUUUUUUAUCAAGAACCGAGUUUCUUCAGAGAAUUUCUUUACGUCGCAAUACUUUGUCGUUGUGGUUUCGACACGGUUCCGUGGUGAAUGGAACGGUAUUUUGAAGGGAGAGAGCGUGGACGUGCGCCAAGGUCGCACGACUGAGCAAACGCCGACGGCAAGUUUCGCUUUUUUUCCCCACCACUGCCUACGAAACCUUGGUCGAGGACGCCGGGGCCGGCCUCGCGCGGCUCGCUCGGCUCGCUCCGUCCAUUCGUUGCGUCGAGCAAAGCCUCGUGGUCGCUGCGCGAUCCGGCCGAAGGAUCAUUUCACGGUAGGGGUUGAGUUCCCCCAAAUUAUGGAUGAAUUUGAAAACUGCAAACAAUGGGGCCUGAAAUUAUUUUUGUUUUCGGAUUCGAACAAAAGUUGAAUGGCGAAUGACGUCGAGCUCUCGGCGUCGCUUCCCGGGCACAGAGCGGCGCAGUCACGCGAUGCAAAUUAAUCUGAAAUAAGAUCACAUGUAGGCCUCGCUCGAUCUAAACUCCAAAGUUUUGAAUCGAGACGCUCGUCCCCCGUGACUCGCGCCGCGAUCAUGAACGCAACGCAGCGCAGUUACGGGGCGGAAUCGUGCACGAAUUUAUCACCCCGUAAAAAAAAAAGGGGUCCGCUUGUGCUCGGCAGCGAGCAGAUCAGGGGACGAGUGAAGGUCGGCAAGCCGACUUUACGCGAAUAACCCCUCGGAGUUUCCCAACCAAGGUACAGUUAGCUGCCAUUCCACAGCAACGUUUUACGAGCUGCGUUUAAAGUUAUAUUGUCACGGGGGGUGACAAUAUAACUUUAAACGCAGGGGAAACUCGAGAAUGCAAAUUCGCAGGCAUUUAGCGCUUUAAUUCCACGGCAUUGGCAGCAUUUGCUUGACGGGCUACGCACACUGCUGAUGUGGGAGAAUUAAACUGGUCUCGAGUUCACAUUCUUAACCAAACGAUGCAUUGGUUCAGAAGGCUGAAAUGCUGACGGACUCGAUACGUUCUAUAUUUUUGGGUAAACAUGAGCCGCAAUUGCCACCAAGGCGACGCAUGCAUUUUUUUUUGGACACAUCCCUUUUUUUUUGGUCUGGGCGACCUGUUUUUGCCCUGCCGAUGCCUUCGUGCGGGAAGGAGCGCAGGCUGCGGGCGUGCCGCGAGUGUCGCACUGGCAAGGAAGCGCGCACCGAGUGGUAGACGCGUCGUGAAUCGAUCGUGGUGAUGACAUUGUUCAAAGUCGCAAGGUCAAUAGUCGAAUCGCGGAAGCACUCCUUAUAUUUAACGGACUUGGCCCAACGUCCCAAAAGCAGGGGGCAGCUCUUGGAAAAGAGCCCUCGAGACUCGGCUGCUUCCCCGGCCCAACAAUUUCCCGUGACCAAAUUGCGUUGAGCGUGUCCCACCUUUGGCACGGUUGAGCGUCCUGAGAGUGCCCGCAUAGGCGUUACGACCACCACCGUGGGAUUAGCAGGGUGUUGUAGGUGCCGGGAUGUCAGGUGUGACCACGAGACGCCACCCACCCCCCCCCCCAUCCCCCCAACCUGGCAGACUCGGAACGGAACAAAAAUAUUGAAUUUUAGAAGCAGCAAUCCAUCAUAAGUGAAAGGUAUCCAAGAUGCGGUGUGACGGCUGCGGAUAUCUUAUCUUGGGUCGCUGGUAGACUGGGGGGGGGGGGGGGGGGUGUAGGCGGUGGCAGCGCGAGUGUGACUUGUAACGACGUCCACCAAAGUGAAAGCUGCCGUGGAUGCGGUGUGCAGGCGGUGGAAAUUCCCUUUUAUCAGGAUCACCGGACGUCUUGGCACAUUGAGCCGGCCCGUGUGAGUGCGUGUGGACGUGACCUAAUCGCGACGGUGUGACACGGUCCAUUGCUCGUGUGCGAUCGCGACCGAGUGCCAAAGUGGCCGUCAACCUUCCACAAGCGUAAUGCUGCUUUUUGUCGGGGUUAGAUCGCGUAAAUAUAUAAUUGUGUUGUUAAACCCGCCACCACCCGACACGGCCAAUUAGUGAGGUUUGUCACGCAAACAGAAUGUGCCAAUUCGUUACUGGUACAGCAACACCGGUGUGUUGGAGGGCAAAGCCCCAACAUUUACAAACUGAGUACGACGUUUCGCGAAUAAUUACAACUAGCUUCCAUCAGGCGACAGCAAGAUUUGUGAUCUGGCUGUCGUACUCAGAUUGUAAAUGUUGUGGAUUUGCUCUCCUUACUAAUUGGCUGUGUCGGGUGGUGACGGGUUUUACGACACAUAUUCACAUAUUCAUGCGAUCCAACCCAAAAAAAA